ACACAAAAGCGGGCUCAACACCCUUUCACUCCAUCUUACUCCUGAAUCACUGCUCAAACUCACUCCGUGCCCUGUACGUCAGCCAGCUCCCAACACUCCCAUCCUCUGCUCCUGUUACUCAUAAUAUGUAUGAACCUGGUUUGCCCUUUGCAUCUUCUGUUCCACCAAGAGAGGACCAGAUUGAAGGGAAUUGUAACCAAGGAGAGGAGCCGGGGUCAUAGCCAGUUAAGGAAGGCCCUCCUGUUUUUCUUGAGCUGACCUGCCUUUUAGAGUUUCUAUCCAUAGAACCCUAACACUAUUUUCUCUGAUCUCUUUGAGCUCUGCCUUCUCAACGUUAAGUUCUGUGUCUGACUGCUAUCUAUUUAGCCCUUCUGUACAGAAUAGCCCUUCAGUUCAGAGUAGCAUUUUUCCCAUACUCAAGAGGCGGAGGUAGUACAGUGGUACCCAAACUUUAGAUACCUGUACCGGUGAUGUAGGUUAGGGGUUGGGGGGGGUCUUCAUUUUAAUGAGCAGCCCAAGGGAUUCUGCUGCCAGUGGGCAGGGGGCCUAAUUUAGAGAAAUAUUGAUGGGAAUUUUGAUGUCAGACAUAUUACAGCUCAAUUCCUAGUUCUGCAACUUACUACCUGUGUGACCUUGAACAUCUUACGUCAUCUUGAUAAGCCUCGGUUUCCUCAUCUUUGUUAAAGAGGUGAUAAAACCCAUCUCUGAGUGUUAAAACCAUGAAAUGAGAUGACGUCUAUAAGGUGCUUCGUAUCAGUCAAGGCAGGUAGCAAGCACUCAAUGAAUAUGAGCUAGCAUGCCUAUUAGCGUAAUUUCUUCUUUUGUCUUCAGGAUAGGGAAAUUAUUAGCAGGUAAUCAUUGAUUUCAUGUCCUUUUCAGCAGACUGAGAUUUCUAAUAGAUGUUGGUGCGUCUUCUGAUCACGUUUUCCUCUGAGUCUUGUGAUUCCUAUUGGUAAUUUAUCACCAUUUCCAUGCAUAACCGUGGACCUUACACUUAGCAGGGGAUCAAAAGUCGCCGAAUAUUUUGCAUCGAGAGAAUGCCAUCUGGCUAGGUCCUCUGUGCUACAUUCCCAUGGCAACACCACAUCUGUUCUUCUCACGCUUCCCCCAAAUGCUCUCCAGCAUCUUGACAUUAGGGCACUGAUUCAGUUCCCUCCUGGCCCGACCCUUCCCACUGCCCGGUUCCAGUGAACAGCGCCAUCCCACAAUGCCUUGAUGAUACCUGCCCGUUUUCAUUUACUUCUUUGCAUUAAAAUGUCCAAUUCACUUCAUCAUACAAUAUAUGCUCUAGGCAUAGAUUAUGUUUUAAACAGAGAAAUAAUGAGAGGAAGCUGGUGAAAUGGGCGGAGGAGUUGGAGUGGUGGGCGGGAUGUGGUUUUGACAAUCAGGUAAGAGGGAAUCACUUUUUCCUUUCACAGAAGGGUUCAGUUUAGCUUCCGUGGUGGUGAUCAAAUGAUUAAUUCAGAAGAAUUGAGCCUACACUAUGGAUAAGUUACAUUCCAAGUUCUCCAUCAAUGAAUGAUACACAUAGCGACUGCACAGAGCACACAUGGGUAAUUAUAAGGGUCAUGGGGCUCUGGUGUUCAGGUCUGGAAGGUGGUAGAGUGUGGGGUUAGAAGCAAAGGCUCAGGGGCUGAUUCUGACACUUAUGCACUGAUGUGACAUCAGGCAAGUCACGUCAGCCCUCUGAGACUGUUUCCUCUUCUGUAAAGUUCAAGUACAUACAACUUACCUCGUAAUAUUGCUAUGAUAAUUAAGUGAGAUAAAGUAUGUUAAGCACCUAGCAUGGGGUCCAGGACAUAGUUAGGGCUCAAUAAAUGUAAGCUGAUAGUACUUCCUUAUUCACCAGUCCCUCCACUGGGACUUCGAUACGGCUCAUAACCAGGUGGGAGAGGAAAGAGUGUUCCAUUCUGGUCCUUUUUAUCUUUUGAACCCUGGUUCUCUGGUGUCCUCUUAUCUGUUGGUUCGUGUCAGGCUGGUCACGUCCUUGUAGCUGAGCUGAUAUACUAAUUGCAGGGAGUUCACGGCCUCUCUAUCUACAGUUUCUCAACCUUCAGUCUUGAAGGUACAGUGACUUGCUGGCUUUCCCAUCCAAGCUUUGUCUCCUGAGUUCCUAAUUGCAUUUGAAUAACCAGACACACACUUGCCUUUCAAGAGAGACAUUUCUCUCCCAAGGCAGAUAGAAAUACAUGGGGCCUAAGCACCACAUCUGUGAGGAGCUUCUCCAACCCCAGCCACGAAUCUGGUGUCGUUGCUUUAGGAAGGUCUUAUAGACCCAUGAAUCCCAAAUCUGGCUGGUCAUUAGAUUCACCUGGGCUGCUUUCGAAAUAUACAGCUUCCAGGAUCCCACUUCUGGUCCUUUUGAAUUGAAAUUUUCAUGGCUAAGAACCAUUGUCAUAAGAACACCUGGAGUUAGGCACAUACAAAGAAUAACUUCUGAAAUGAGCAUUACCUGGUAAACGGAUGGCUGUUAACAUCAAACAGAUGCUCCCUUUCACCUGGGAUAAGAGCCAAAGAACACAUGCGUUUCCCACCUCAUGCUCCUUCGGGAGGGUAACACAAGCUGGCUUUAGACCCUAUGUCUAAUAUCUCUUGAGGACUCUGAGAGCCUUCAUCUCUUGCAAGUGCAGUCACUAAUGACUGAUUUUAUUAGGAAAGAGUGUCUUCCAGCACUCCCUAUAAAACCUCUUCUGCUCUGCCCUUGCCUACGGCCAGUGCUCUGAGCUAGAAGUGUAAAGACAAGUCUUCCACAUGCACUUCAUUUGCUUACAUGGCCUACGGUUCCCUAAGAAGAAGCCCACAAUUUAUAUCCCAGCCAAAGAGAAGGAUGGGUGGGCCAGCUCCACCUCUGGGAAGAAGAGGAGGAAGAAGAAGGAGGCAUAUUUUAGUUACAUGGGGAAAAUCCUAAAGCAAACCCACCCAGACUUCAGUGGGUGCUCCUGGAUCUUGGAUGCACUGGGAGCUCUGGAGGAUUGGUGGCUGGAACAGGUUAGCCUGGAAGCGGUUAGACUGUCCCUCUACAACCACAGAAGAACCGUCACCAGCAGAGAGAUCCUUGAGGCAGUCAAGCAGAGAUGCUCUCGGAAGAGCUUGGGAAUAAAUGAAGUGAAUCUGAAUGGCCCUGUUGUUGAAAUGAUUACACUUGUCAAACAAAAUUGGGUCCGUUGGAGGACUGAGCUGGAAGAUGAAGUAUCUGAGAAGAACCUGCUGCAGUGGUGGUCUCGGUGUGACACACCUGGUCUCUGGGUCUUGCAUUUUUAGCCUCCGACUUAAUUUGUGAAAAUAGAUAAAUAAAUAAAGGAAAGGCA